AUGGGAGUGGCCAAUGCUCCUAUCAAGUCGCCAAUGGGGUCGCCGGCAGUACCCUACGAGUCCGUCCAGACCAUGUGGGAAGCACGUCCACGCAAGUACAAGAGCGUCUUGUUCCAAGUCUGCUCCUUCAUCCUCAUGGUGGAGUUAGCUGAGCGUCUCAGUUACUACGGCAUUAACCAAGGUCUCAAGAACUUCAUGCAAAAGAUCGGAUGGAGUCUGGUAUCUGCCAGUGCGUUGAAAAGCACCUGGACGUCCAUUUGCUACUUAACUCCGUUAUUCGGUGCCUACCUAGCAGACGAGCGAUGGGGUCGUUUCCGUACCAUCCUGACGUUCGGUAUCUGGUACUGUAUCGGUGAUUUCCUUGUGGCUAUCGCUGCUUACCCGACGAUCAUGACGGAUUCUGCUGUCGUAAACCCCAUUUUCAUCGUCGGUUUAUUCGUCGGUAUCGGUAUUGGUACCGGUGCAAUCAAGUCCAACGUGAUCACCCUGGGUGCUGACCAGUUCGACCCAUACGACCCCAGUGAGGUACAGCAGAAGGAGUCGUACUUCUCGUACUUCUACUUCUGUAUCAACGUCGGUUCCGGUGUGUCCUAUGGCUACCUGUCAGUUCUGUGCGUUGACGGCUCGGCUCAGAUCCCCGCAGAGUACGGUUACUUCGCCACGUACAUGAUCUGUGCCUGUGUCAUGGUCCUUGCUGUCGUCGUGCUGUGUAUCGGCUACCGUCGCUAUGUCUUCCAACCACCCAACGACCGUUCCAUCUCGAUGAUGUGUCGUCUUGCUGCAUUGGUUGUCAACGUCAUUUCGGCUUUCACAGUCGACAAGGGAAAUGUCGGCAACAUCUUUUCGUACAUCGCUGCAGUGCUGGUUCUUGCCGGUAUUGUGGGCUGGGUGUAUGCCGGUCAGAGCCAAUCCUUCCUGGAUGUGUCCAAGAGCAGCAUGGGCGGCACGUUCGAUGACGAGCGUGUCGAGGGGUACAAGAAACUGGUGCGUGUGCUACCGUACGCCGCCUUCACGAUCAUCUGGAACUGCGCGUACGACCAGACGGAUGCCAACUUCCAGUCCAUCACACAGCAGUGCGACUUGCGUCUUGACACGAGCGACCCGGACAGUAAACAGAUCCCUGGAGCCAUGCUCGGAGUGUUUGACCCUAUUGUUAUUGUCAUUUGCAUCCCUCUUCUCGACUCGGUUAUCUACCCGCUUUACACCAAAUGGGCUGGCAAGUCGCCGUCUCAGUUCGGUAAGUCCGGGGUUGGGCUCAUCAUCGCCAUUAUCGGUAUUUUCUGGGCUGGUAUCUUUGAAGUGAUUCGUCGUAAUGCCGGUGCACUGCAAGACGCGAACGGAGACCCGAUCCUUGAUGGCGGUAGCUCACAACCCAUGAACGAUAUCUCGUGGGGUGCUGCUGUCCCCAACUACGUCUUCAUUGGUCUGGCUGAGUGUCUGAUCAAUGUCACAUCUUACGAUCUGGUAUACUCAUCUGUACCCAUGUCGUUGAAGUCUAUGGCUCAAGCGGUGAUCCUGUUCAUGAGCUCAAUGGGUUCUAUCCUGACUUCGGUCUUCACCAUCAUGUUCUCCAAGUCGCUACCGUCCGACAACUUGAACGAGGAUCACCUCGAGAACAUGUUCUUUACGGUAGGCGCCGUCAGCGUCAUCAACUUUGUCUUCUUUGUGUUCAUCAUGAAGAAAAUGAACAUGGGUAUGUCGUCGUCACCUGAGCUCGACCAUCUCGGCAACGAGGUCCAGGACCUAAUGGACGAGAAGCUGUCCGUAAGCUCCCGCCACAGUGUUGCGGUCACCAAGUAA